AUGUCUCUUUCUUUAUUCGGUUUAAAAAACAACUAUUAUAAAAACGGUAUUUGGUGGUUCACAAAAAUACUAAAUAGAGCUGUAGGAGAAGAUAGAUAUGACAAAAUUCGUGUUUAUAGAAGAACACUUUAAAAUAAAAUUUAUUAUACUAGAUAAUAAAUGCUUUAUGAAAUAUUUAUUGAACAUCCAGAUAUCGCAUAACAUAUUGGUAUUUAUCCUAAAAUUGAUUCAACUCAUGGUUUCACUUAUUAAAAUACUUAUGAAAUGUAUAGAGAUUUCUAAGAAAAUACUCUUAAUUCUGAUGGUUCAUUCUCUUAAUGGAUUACACUUGUUUGUGGAAUUUAUGUCAUUCAUGUGAUAUAUAGUUAUUUGAUUCCAUAUUAUUGGGUUUCGACUCCUUUGAAAAAUGAAGAAUAUACCAGAUUAAGAAUGAGAGACUAUAUUGCAUCUUCUGUUUUAGAAGAAAUUUAUGGCAUUUAAUGGGCUGAAUGGGCAUGGCUCCCCCAUGAUUUUGCCUAUAAUAGAAUUAGAGGUAUUUAAGGUUAUAUGCACCCUGAUGAUCCUAGAGCUAUGUGCACAUCCACUUUCAAUAGAAGGCAUAAAUAUAGAGAACACGAAAUGGAAAGAGCUGGAGAUUUUAAUCAUAUGACUUACCCAAAAUGA